CUCCAAAUCCUGCAGCCAUCAUCUCGUAAUGCAAUCAUCCGGGUCUUUUUAGUUAGAGUUCUGUGUACGUAGUCGAUGUACACCUAAUGUCGGUCAAUGCACAAAGUAGCGACGAUCAACUGACGACAGAGUUUAAAAGCUUUCAAGACAAAGUAAAUGGAUCCAAGCCUACAGAGCGGCCUAUUCGCUUGAAGAAAUUUCCAAGCAGACCAUCACAGCUUCAGAGACAAAUAGAGAAACAAAGAGACAUAUCAAGAAAAGCUUGUAAAGAGACGAAUGCGUCGCAAACGCGGACGCUAUUACGGAAAGAAAGGUUGGUGGUACCUAAAGCAGUGGUAACAGCACCUGGUUAUUCAUCCGACAGACGGCCGUUAGUGUCAUGGGACACAGAAAGUGAUAAUGAAUACGAAUUGAAUAUGUCAGAUGAUUCAGAGCUAACGAGACAGUGUAAUCGACAGCUACUGAAAGACGGAUUUAGGUUGGACGAAGUUUCAGACGAUGAAGACUUGGACCUCAUACCCCCUAAACCUGUAGAUAAUCAAUGCGGACAGUGCGGGUGCGUCAUACAAUAGCAGUACAAUCUAUUGGGUUAUAUCAGCCUUAGCUAUAGAGAUUCUCUAUUUUACAUGGAAUGCAAAUAAGGAAUCCGUCCA